AGGCCGUCGGGAGAGGCGGCCGCGCUGAAGAGGGCCAAGAUGGCAGCCGCGGCAGCCUCGCUUCGCGGAGCGGUGCUGGGCCCGCGGGGCGCCGGGUUGCCCGGCGCGCGGGCGCGGACUCUAUUGUGUGGCGCGCGGCCCGGGCAGCUCCCUUUGCGGACGCCUCAGGCGGUGCCCCUGUCGUCCAAGUCCGGCCCGUCCCGGGGCCGCAAAGUGAUGCUCUCGGCGCUGGGCAUGCUGGCAGCUGGGGGCGCGGGCCUGGUCGCUGCUCUGCACACAGCCGUGAGCGCCAGUGACCUGGAGCUGCACCCGCCCAGCUACCCGUGGUCCCACCGCAGCCUCCUCUCUUCGCUCGACCACACCAGCAUCCGGAGGGGCUUCCAGGUCUACAAGCAGGUGUGCUCCUCCUGCCACAGCAUGGACUACGUGGCUUACCGCCACCUUGUAGGUGUGUGCUACACAGAGGAAGAAGUCAAGGCCCUAGCUGAGGAGGUGGAGAUUCAGGAUGGCCCCAAUGAGGAUGGAGAGAUGUUCAUGCGGCCAGGGAAGCUGACUGACUACUUUCCCAAACCAUACCCCAAUCCCGAAGCUGCUCGAGCUGCCAAUAAUGGAGCACUGCCCCCUGACCUCAGUUACAUCGUGCGAGCUCGGCAUGGUGGCGAGGACUAUGUUUUCUCUCUGCUCACGGGCUACUGUGAGCCACCCACUGGGGUGUCACUUCGAGAAGGCCUGUACUUCAACCCCUAUUUUCCUGGCCAGGCCAUUGGCAUGGCUCCACCUAUCUACAAUGAGGUCUUGGAGUUCGACGACGGCACCCCAGCUACCAUGUCUCAGAUAGCCAAGGAUGUGUCUACUUUCCUGCGCUGGACAUCUGAGCCAGAGCACGACCAUCGCAAGCGUAUGGGUCUCAAGAUGUUGAUGAUGAUGGGCUUACUGCUGCCCCUGAUCUACGCCAUGAAGAGGCAUAAAUGGUCAGUCCUGAAGAGCCGGAAGCUGGCAUAUCGUCCACCCAAGUGAACCUGCCCAAAGUCUGCUUGACAUCCUGCCUGUAUGGUCCCUCAUGCCAAGGAGCCACCUUAGGUCUAUCAGGCCUCAGUCGGCCCUCUUUGUCUGAGACAAGGGGGGAGGGGACAGAUGAGCGGGUUCAAACUCCAGAUUCUGCAGUCCCCAUUAUGGGAAUAAAUUAAGUUUCUCAAAAUACA